GACUCCUCUGAACUGCCCGAAUUCCCCGCUUUUGAGCAUGGAAGGCGAAAUCGACUGGUGCGCCUCUUGUGGGCGCCAACUCGCCGCGAAACGCAUCACAGAGACCAUCAGAGUCCCUGCCCCGCCCAAUGCUCAGCCACCAGCACCAGCACCAGCACCCGGCAAGAAGGGCCGCAAGCAGCCACGACAGGCGCCUGCUCAGCCCGCCACAGUUCUCAAGACGCGCACUUUCUACGACAGCGCGCCCCUUCCCCUCUACUGCUCCGACAAAUGCCGCCUCGCCGAUCUCCAGAGCCCCGCACGCGCCGGCGCCCUCCCCAUCGGCCACAACCCCGUCCGCCACCCGUGGCGCUUGGAUGACGACGAGUUGGCGCUAGUCCCCGACUGCGCCGUCGACGACGUCUCCUCGGUCGGCACCUCAUCCUCCGCGUCCUCCACCUCGUCCGCCCCGGAGCUUCAGCUCCGUGACAUGGACCCCUCCCUCGCCGCCAUCUUCCGUGGCUACGACUUCAAGCCGAUGCCCCUCGUCCCCGGCUUGGCCCCCGACGCGCGUCCCGCCGUCCCCCGCUCGGCGCGUCGCAAACGCGACCUCGACGCAGAGUUCAACAGCGGCAUCAUGAUGUCCGGCAAGCGCAUACAGGAGUGGACCCACCCCGAGCAGCCCAAGCCUAGCCGCCCAGCCUACCCCCUUCCCUAUCCCCCUGGCUACGCGCAACCGACUGCUCCGAAGGAACCCUCCUCUACCUCCUCCCAAAAGAACGGCGUCAUCCCGGGUUGGAACGACGGCACCAACGCGUGGCGCGCGUCGAUCUACAACCUGUCCUCCACCACCGAUGUUGACCCCAUGGACCUGCGCGAGCACUACGCGUACAGCACGCAGGUGGCCUCCACCCACCGCUCCUCUGGCGGCGUCGUGCCCACGAUCCAGUCCUCUCCCCCUACUUCCCCGGUCACCUCCACCUCCUCCGUCCCCGGCCUGCGCAGGCACUCGACCCCGUCGACCGCCCGCACGGACCCGGACGCGCUCCUGCUGUCGAAGUUUUCCGAGCCCUUCAGCAGGCGCAGCGAGUCGCGCCAGACGCUGAACAGCGGCUCUCCGCGCCCGUCGUCCUCCAUGCCUGAGUACCGCGAGAAGAGUCUCGUGGCGCGCGGCGCCGAGCACGCGCUCCUCGUCCCCAACGUGACCCUCAAGGUCCGCCGGAGGUCGAAUGAGCGCACGGGCAGCAGCCUCCCGGGCGCGCGCAGUCCGCUGUCGAUGACGGCGGUUGCGUCGAGCGACGAGGAGACGGAUGGCGACGAUGACGUGACGCUCACUGAGGACAAGCUCAGCGAGCUCAAGGUCUCCGAUAAGCCCAAGCGGCCCACGAUCGAGUCCCGCCCGUGGUCCUAUGAUGGCUACAAGACCUACCCGGCUAUGCCAUUGAAACGCGAGGUCUCUGCCCUCUGGCGGUGGUAAUCGUCGACAAUCACUCGACCCCCACCCUCGCGUAUCGUCCCUUGCUCUCGCAUGAUCCUGCCCUCGCAUAAUCCGGCCCGCAUCGCAUAUCAUUAUUCUCCCGCAUGGACGCCCGGCUGCCAGCAAAGCAUAUCCACCCGCACUAUCAUACCCGUCUGAGGCCGACACCGACACGGACACCCUGCACGCAUCACUGUCUCGCACGCGUAUGCUUCACAUCAUCGCACGCGCAUCUCACUCUCGCAUGCAACACAUCAUCGCCCACAACGCAAUAACUUAUGUCUUCGCGCACGCACUACCCACACGCAAUGCCCGUAUCCUCAUCACCUCGCACGCCCUACCCUACGCACGCACUACCUCGUCCACGACAUCUACGGGUCACGCCGCGCCGCGAACGCAUAAUGGGUCCGUCUCACGCAUCGCGCAUCGUCGCGCACCACCACAACGCGCGCACCACCGUGCACGCUCACCGUCCUCGCACGGGCUAUGGUUAUGUUUAUCACUUCUUAUCCGUCGGUGUCAGCUUUCGUUCCUUGUUUGUUGUGUACUAUACCUAUCUCCUUCCACGCCUCUAUUCUCCUCUGCACGCCUCUAUCCUCUUCCGCAUGUUACCUUUAUUCCUCUAUCCGCUUCCUCUGCUGCCUAUUCCUCACCUAUUCGCCGCCUCCCACUACCUAUUUCUCUCCCACUACAUCCUCAUCACCUCACAAGGUACAUGGCUGUAUACUGUACUCGCGCUAAUCUCUUCGGGUCGGGCGCGCGGCCCUUGUACUAUGACUUUGUUACUUACUAGUUACUAGCUACUUUUUCUUGGCUUCGCUCUACUGAGCGAGCAGGCUUCGCUCGACACAUCGAGCAGGCUUCGCUCUGCACAGCGAGUAGGCUUUGCUCUUGGACUACGGACCAAGGUGCACACUGUAUGACGGGCGGGUCGUAUGCGUAGGGUACGGGUCGUUAUGAACGAAGAAACGAAUAAAUGAAUGAACUGUAUGAAACGAAA